AUGACUUCUGACUAUUACGACAUUGACGAUAUACUAGCUGACUCUGAGAAAAUUCCCUGUCGAUUUAAUAUGACAAUACCGGGGUUGGGAUACUUAGAGGGAAACCCAGGGAAGCUGCUUGCAAAGGAUACGAAAAUAGAAAUCCCAAUGUGGCUAGCGGAAGUUUUGGCGGUGAGUGGAGUUCUGGAGCAAUCUGAAAUGAGCUUUGUGGACUUAUCAGAGCCUGAUUUUGUCAAUAGUCGUGUUACAAAUGCUAUCAAGACAAGCCCUGUGAGCGUCGAUUUGCAUUCGAUAAUGCCCAACUAUUACAAACUCGCAGAGAAAUGGUGUGCUCUAUUUGAGGAUCGUUCAACCAUACAAAUAAUAAUGGAAAUGUUGAGGGAGAGAGCGUUUGAGAUAUACAACUUUGCCAAUAAUGCCAAUAAGCAGGUAAAUAACGACUUCGUGUACUCUUUGGACGAAUUUGAGAGAAAGCUACUACGAGUCACUUCUGAUACCAAUAGACAAAUGAGAAAAUGGAUACAAGAAUAA